GCCCCGUCCGCGCGCUGAGGAGGUUUGCCCCGCCGCGGCCGCCGUCCGUGCCCGUCGCCCUCCGUCUGCCGGCGCCGCCAUAUUGUGGCCGCCGCCGCUCGGGAGCCGCCGCCGCAGGAGCCGCGAUGGAGACCAUGGCGAGCCCUGCCAAGGACAACUAUCGAAUGAAGAGUUACAAGAACAAAGCCCUAAACCCCGAGGAAAUGCGGCGCCGAAGAGAAGAGGAAGGAAUUCAACUGCGCAAACAGAAACGAGAGCAACAGGUAACUGUCACCUUGAGUAGCUUGUGUACAGCCUUAACACACCCAGGAUUGUGCUGCUGCCUAAGUGGAAUCUUCAAGGAUCUGUGCAUUAAGCUCUUUAAAAGAAGAAAUGUGGAGUUGAUCAAUGAAGAUGCCUCCAUGUUCGAUAGUCUCCUUGUGGAUCCCUACGUCAGUUCCACCACAUGUGGGGAGGGAGUGAUCACAAGAGAGAUGGUAGAGAUGCUUUUCUCAGAUGACCCCGACCUACAGCUAGCAACCACUCAGAAGUUCAGAAAGUUGCUCUCCAAAGAGCCGAAUCCUCCAAUAGAUGAAGUGAUAAACACUCAAGGAGUGGUGGACAGAUUUGUGGAAUUCCUGAAGAGAAGUGAGAACUGCACGCUACAGUUCGAAGCAGCGUGGGCACUGACGAAUAUUGCAUCAGGAACUUCCCAACAAACAAAAAUAGUAAUCGAAGCUGGGGCAGUUCCUAUAUUCAUAGAGCUGCUAAACUCUGACUUUGAGGAUGUUCAAGAACAGGCUGUCUGGGCAUUGGGGAACAUUGCUGGAGACAGCUCUCUGUGUAGAGAUUAUGUCCUUAACUGCGCUAUUCUUCCUCCCUUAUUAAUGCUCCUUACGAAGUCCACCAGGUUGACAAUGACACGAAAUGCUGUCUGGGCCUUGUCAAACUUGUGCAGAGGAAAGAGUCCACCACCUGAAUUUGAUAAGGUGUCUCCCUGCCUGCCAGUGUUGUCCCGGUUGUUGUUCAGCAGUGACUCUGACCUGCUGGCAGAUGCCUGCUGGGCUCUUUCCUACCUAUCAGAUGGUCCCAACGAGAAAAUCCAAGCAGUUAUUGACUCGGGAGUGUGUCGGCGACUGGUGGAGCUCUUAAUGCACAACGACUACAAAGUGGCCUCUCCAGCUCUGCGAGCAGUGGGUAACAUCGUGACGGGGGAUGACAUCCAGACCCAGGUGAUUUUGAACUGUUCAGCCCUGCCUUGUCUCCUUCACUUAUUAAGUAGUCCCAAGGAAUCAAUCAGGAAAGAAGCCUGCUGGACUAUAUCCAACAUCACAGCAGGAAACAGAGCGCAGAUACAGGCAGUCAUAGAUGCAAACAUCUUCCCAGUCCUGAUAGAGAUCUUGCAGAAAGCAGAAUUCCGCACGAGGAAGGAGGCAGCGUGGGCUAUCACCAACGCGACGUCAGGAGGGACCCCUGAGCAGAUCAGAUACUUGGUAAACUUGGGUUGUAUCAAGCCUCUUUGUGACCUGCUGACUGUCAUGGACUCCAAGAUUGUGCAGGUGGCCUUGAACGGACUGGAGAACAUCCUGAGGCUUGGAGAGCAGGAAGCCAACCAGAGUGGGACAGGCAUCAACCCGUACUGCAGUCUGAUUGAGGAGGCCUAUGGUUUGGAUAAGAUAGAGUUCCUACAGAGCCAUGAGAACCAAGAGAUCUACCAGAAGGCCUUUGACCUGAUUGAGCACUACUUUGGAGUAGAGGAUGACUCUGCUUUGGCUCCCCAGGUAGAUGAGAACCAGCAGCAAUUCAUCUUCCAGCAGUCUGAAGCCCCCAUGGAAGGUUUCCAGCUAUAAUGUGCCCGGGGCAGGGAACAGAACACCACAAACUUGCUGGAAAGCAACUUUGAGCAGCUGAUCAUCCCAUCCCCUUCUUGCACACGGGAGGCCAAGCACCCACUCCACCUUUAGGAAGCAAGUCUUCUUUCAACCAACUAAACCAGUGCUUUGCCAGGACGGAGGGAACGGGAUGUCUUACACUUCUUUUUCUUUUUGCUGCUGCAUCCAUGUCUUUAAAGCAGGCAUCUGGGUGGAGGAAGGACACGGAGGUGGCAAUUGCACCUCUGGGUUUGGGUUAUUUUUUUUCCCCUUUGUGGUGAUCUCUUCCCAAAUGUCACUUCUUAACUCGGGUACUUAAUUGAGACGGCAGCGAUGGGUCGGGUAAGAACACAAGUAGCAGUAAGCGUUCUGACAGCGGUAAUUCUGCAAGCCCUGGGUUGAGCUAUUUAAUGAUUUAUUUUUUUUUUUUCCUUUUUUUUUGGUUUUUUUUGCACAUGUUACUCUUUAUUAAAGACUCUAAUUUGCCAAGAGCAAAGUUUAGCCCUGGCCUUUCUGCGCCCCUCCUUCAGCGGACAGUCCUCUUGCACCUGG